UGAAAUAUUUUCAUUUUUCGAUUAAUUAUGGCGGAUAGUGAUGGAACGAAGUUCAGUAUAAUGCGUCGCUGUAAUUAAAAUCGCAGACGUUCAUGUGAUUGUGCAAAAUACGGUCGCACCGUAAGGGUGUAAUUCGAGGUGGGCGGAAGAAAGCGAUGGCGGAGAGUAUGAGUUCGGACAACGUCGUUAUGCCGGACAUUACCGAAGUAACCAAACCCGAUCCCCUGGCGGCCCCGAGCGAGCACGAUUCAGAUCGGUCUGGUGGUGGAGCUGUCUUGGCGAGUGCAAUUAAAACCACCAGAUUGUCAAGUGAUUCAAAUGGUGUGGUCACUGUGCCCGUGUCCUUGCCCGUUGCUACGCUGUUGACGGGGACUACGUUUAACGUCAUAACAUCAGACCAGCUCCCUCACUUCAAGCCAAUGUUGUGUGUAGAUAAUGGAUUUAUAUCAGGGGGACCUGUUACAGAAGCUGAUAUUAAAGCCACCCACAUCGUUAUUCAAAAUCCACCAUCACCUAAUACUCAUCAUGAAGAUGAAGCCGGGACAGCAUCUGCGCCUGCGACGAUGGUCGCAACGACGAGGUCUUGGGCGGAGACUGCCAACAUGCCAGUACUGCCAGUGCGAUGCAAGAAUACCUCUGCAGAGUUUCACAAACAGAGGUUUGGUUCGGGUGGCCGAGGAAGAUGCAUUAAGUAUGGUAGAAAUUGGUACACACCUAGUGAAUUUGAAGCUAAAUGUGGAAGGGGAUCGAGCAAGGAUUGGAAGAGAUCCAUAAAGUUUGGUGGUCGAAGUAUUCAGGCACUCAUCGAUGAGGGCAUACUCACUCCCCAUGCUACCAGCUGUACCUGCGGGGCUUGCUGCGAUGAUCAAUCUGCUAUGGGACCUAUUCGAUUAUUCACACCAUAUAAACGUAGGAGGCGGGCCAAUCAUGAUGGGGAAGAAAAGAAGCCUAAAGUAAAACGCGAUACUACUAUAGCUGAGAAUGAAGUUGAUAACAUCCAUCAAACUAGUAACAAUAGUCAUACAAAGGAGACAUGGCAGUCUAUUGCUGAAGGAUUGGAGAAUAAUGCUGACUACCAUCUCCUGGAGAAUACUGAACCACACCCGGACCAUUUAGCAGGUUUGCCGGACAUGGGUGGAGUGUUAAAGCGAUUGGAAGAUAUAAGUCAGGGGCUGGUACGAUUGGCUGGCGAACUGAAGCAGUGCGUUGAUGACGUCAGAGUUGUGAGCGCUCGCCAGGUGGAGCGCAUGGAGCAGGAGCGAGCGUCCGCUCUAUUGGCGGCUAGCGUCGAUGCUCAGGUCGAAGCUGAGCAAGUAUCAUUGCACAAUGUGGAAGAAUCUGAAUCCAAAAAGUGCGCAAAUUGCAACCGAGAAGCUUCUGCAGAGUGUUCUCUGUGCCGUCGUACUCCGUACUGCUCUACAUAUUGUCAGAAGAAAGAUUGGGCAUCGCACCAAAUUGAAUGCUUGCGCUCUGUGCCCACCAUUCAUACAGAUGCGCAGCAGCACCAGUCUAUUAUGCUGAUAGUUGAGAGCCAGCAUCAAUAACAUUCUGCUAUAUGGGCCAUCGCCCCAUUAGAAAGUGAUCCAGUCCCUGAAAUCAGGUCUACAGUACUGAGGAGAUGUUAAACUUCUACAUGGAUUACAAUGGGCGAGGCACAACAGUUCAUACAUUUGUGUGUAUUCACCGUUACUAUGCUGCAAUAGACGGUUUAAAACAGGAUUUACAAUAAAUAAGUUCAUGAAUUAUGAUUGAUGAUAUAUAUGAAUAUGAACAACAGCUGAUGAUAUUUUAUGAAAAUGGAUUAUGAACUUACAAUUACUUCCCGGAAUAUGACUUGAAUGUUUAGUAUAUGUGACUACUACUAUGAUUAAGAGAUGCAUAUUAAAAUCUCUCUGUAUUCAUGAUGUUUAAAAAUAUUGUACUCGAUUAGUCUAAUUAUCUCUCAAGUGGUACUUGGUACUUAUAAAAAUUUUAAUGUACUUGAUGUGUAAUAAUAACAUUAUACUUGGUGUGAUAUUCUUAAUAAUAAUAAGAUUAUAAUUGGUGUGAUAUUUACUUACUAUUAGCACACUGCUUCGACUGUUUGAUAUAGCGUUUUUCGAUGGAGUUUACUACGAAAUAGUAAAUACAAUGAUUGCACAUAGGUACAGACUAAUCAGUCCAAUAGAACUAUAAUAUAUUGUUUAAUGUGUCUACUUUACUACAAACCAUUUUGAAAGGUCUAAUAAUUGGUGUUAGGUAAAUUAAUGUACAGUUAGGACGAUUAUAAGUUCCGAUCUGGAAUUUGUAUUUGCAAUGUCACA